CAUGACUAGGGGGUGGGGGAGGGGGUGACUGAAAGUCAGAGUAUCACUCAAGACUAGAACCUCAGUCGGUGUUCAACUUUCUCCAGGUGCGCCCAUGUUGCUACGGACGGUACUGGUGUGUCUGGUACUGGGGUCGGCCCCCCUCGCCAUGCCGGCCCCCAGUCCCCAAAGAGGGGGCUUUGAGCUCCCCGUACAACUUGUGGGGUUCCCCGUCAUCAUUAUUGCCGUCAGGAUCAGUCGAUUCGUCAAACAGCUGAGCUACGCGCUGAAUCCACAGACUUACCGGUCGGCCGCUGGGGCGAGUACCCGCCAGACCCGCGACAUCCACUCCCUGGGCCUGGACGCACCUGGGCUGGACGUGGCAGAGGUAGAGAAGCGGCUCGUGGCUGAGAUGGGCGAAGGAGUCUGUGUGUACGAGAGGGUAUGCGCUCACUACGCGCAACUGGCUCAUAGGAGGAAGACUGAUAAUCAUGCUUUGGACUGGGAACACAUCUUCAGUCGAUACAAGACUUCUCCAGACAGCAAGAAGCAGUUCUACAUCCUCAGUGUGUUCCUGGGUGACAUCAUAGCUUCUCCAGGGCUCUGCCACCAGCUGGCCAAGCGAGGAAGAAGUUGUAGUGGAGACCUGGAGGCAGAAGAUUAGGACUUCGCCCCGAGUUACCUCUGGAACCUUCACAAAACUCCAAGGAAAUUCUAGAUCCUUGUAAGACCUGAUAGGACUUCCUUGGAUAUCUUAUAGUCUUCAGAUCAAUCUUUUAAAACAUCCUUGAGUGUCCAAGAACCUUCUAAGGCUUUGUAGGACUUCCAAUGAGGUCUUAAACGAAGAAACGUGGGACUUUAUGGACUCUGUAAAUUAAACUAACGGUCAUAGAAUGUCAUAAAACAUCAAACAUUCCUACAAAAACCAAUAAACUUCUGCAUGUCCCUUUGGUUCCUCGAAUAUAAUUAACUGGUUAAACUACGUUAUGCAAAGCAUGUCAAGAGUUUAA